AUGGGAUACAGUUUUUCUAAUUUAACAGGUGAUUCCUUUGGGAUAGCAACCAUAUCGUUUGGUAUCAUCUCAUGGGUGGUAUCCAUAGCAGGUGCUGCUGCAUCCAAUCAAAAGAACUUUCCCAACCUUUCUUGGUGGGGUCUAGCAUACGAGGCAGUGAUUAUAUUAGUAGUAUUAUUAUUGUAUUGUAACAAUAAUAUUGAGUUGUAUAAAUUUACCCUUGUGGGUCUUAUAGCUAUUGCCUUUGUCUACAGUACAAACACAGUUAAUAACCUUAUCUACAACACCAACUCCAGUGCAAACUUAACCUGUGCUGCUGGAUGCAUCCUUUUAAGUAUCUUGAACUUACUUUGGAUCUUAUAUUUCGGAGGGCACCCUGAAUCUCCAACGAACCAAUUUAUUGAUUCCUUCAGCAUCAGAAACCAAGGUCCAACUCAUGACAACUUGAACAGAGCCAUCAAUAAAUCAGAACAAUAUAACGGUGUCGAAGAAUUAGGUGCCAUGGGUGAACCUACCGCCACCACCACCACUUACAACCAAAGAUUCUCAUCUGUGGCAAGCGCAAGACCUGCUUCUAAACAAUACAUGUCAUCAUCACAAUUGAAUGGACUUGAAAAUUCGUCUGACAUACCCGGAAGAGACCUUACGCAAAGUAAGAGAAAUACCAUGUACCCGGAAUCGGAACUAGGUACUGGGGUAACGUUCAGAUAUAAAGCUAAGGCAUUAUAUAGUUAUGAUGCUAAUCCUAGUGAUGAAAAUGAGAUCUCGUUUAAGAAGGACGAAGUUUUAGAGGUUGAUGAUAUCGAUGGUAAAUGGUGGCAGGCAAGAAGACCUAAUGGUGAAAUAGGUAUUUGUCCUUCUAAUUAUGUCAAGUUGAUUGAGAACUAA